GCAUCAGUAACCACUCCACUCUCCCUCUCUACUUUCGUCUCCCUGCCUCCUACCCUCUGCCACACACUCCGUUUCUACGGUCUCCAUUACGGAAAAAGCCGACACCCAGACGGAAAGGUUGGAGGGCGUGGGGAGGAAAACUCCGCAAGAUCCCGCCUUUUCCGUCGGAUUUAACGGGUCCGCUCCCCCACCGGAAGGCCAGGCGGCCGUGCACGCCGUAGCGGCGGUCGUUGGAGACCUUUAUCACGCCACGCGCCUGCGUCAUCAAAGGUUACCUGCGCCGUGCCCUCCCAUGGAACAGCGGGGGCCGCAGCAAGAGGAGGCGGCGGCGGAGCGCGAACACGGGAACCCCUCCGUUCCUCCCAAGGAAAACGAGGAUAAAGAUCUGAAGCUAUCCUCUCGUGUGGUUUCUUUGUUAUUUGGUGGUGAUAUCUCAACACCAGCGCAAACAUUUGAGAAAUGGUUGUCUCUGGUACGUAAGAGAAGUGGGUCAUUCCGUCCAUCAGGGUUCCCACAUCAGAAUUCAAGGAUUGAAGUCAUGCCAAGUGGGAGCUUCUCCCUAUUUGGUAGCAGGGACUUGAGUGAACAGUUGGUUAGGGCAGAACCAGUAGGCAAAGAUCCAUUGACCUGCGAUCAGCCUCCUGAAAUAAGCCUGUGGGAGAGACUUGGGACUGCUUCUGCACUAGACAUUGAGUCAUCUGAUUUUUCAUGGAAUUUGCUCUCAUCUCUGCACCAUACAGAACAUAGUAGUGGUUCGGAACACUCUGAGGAUGAAAUGAGCAAAUCUCUUGAGGUUACUGUGAACUCUGGUGGUGUAGUGUUCUUUGCUCUUUUUUGUUGUUCGGGUAACAAUGGAUUAUCAAAAAAAGCAGCAGCUGUUAUAAAGUUCUCAUCAUCAAAGAUGGCAACACAGGCAGAACGUUUGGGUUAUGAAUUUGCAAGAUUGCUUGGAGUCCAGACACCACAAGCUCGUGUAGUAUAUAAUUCUAGCCUGGAGUGGCAGGGGAUUAGACAUUCUGCAGAAAAUGCACGAGCAGUAGCAGUUUCAAAUAAUGAUGAGGUUGGUGAGAUGACUUGCUCGGAGUUAUUGGAAGCUCUUGAGCUAAGCCGCUGCCUUCUUCUAAUGAGCUAUAUUCAUGGCUCCCCACUGCUUGAGAGUUCAAAGGCAUUCAAUUCACGAGAAGCUGCUUGUGUGACUGCUUCAUCCCUGGGAAGGGUUUUGAUGCUUGAUCUGAUACUCCGGAAUGAAGACAGACUCCCAUGCCGUCAGCUAGGGUGGCGUGGUAAUCCUGCAAACCUGAUGAUUUCAGAUGGGUCGUCUUCACCUAGUGUGGACAUAUUGGAUGAUUCCAAGAGCACUACGGAUAGUUCCAACCAACUGAUUACUAGAAUUUGCCUGAGAGAGAAGCGCUCUCACUCUGCAAAUGGAAGAUUUGAUUCUCCGGUGUUGGAUCCCAUGUCACGAAAAGUAGAAACAAUGAGAAAUGAAAGUUAUGCUGAAAGUACCAAUGUCACUUUCCGCAUUGUAUCAAUUGACACUGGGGUGCCCCGUCGCCCUCCUGCAGGGCGACGUGUCAAAGAUCAUGAGCGGUAUCCCAAAGUUGUGGAGCUCAUUUUGAAUAGCUCAGACUACUCCUCAAAUAUCCUUUAUGAAAUUUCCGGUGGUAAGCUUGGGCAUCCAGGACCAGUUGAGGGUACUUCCACUGAUUCUUGUUUCUCUCUUUCUGAUGAAGAAGACAAUGCGGCUGUGAUUCAUGAAUUCCGAGGAUCAUUUCGUGCAGCUCUUAGGGAUCUGGAGGGUUUCCACCUAUUUCUUCUCCAGCUUUACCAAAAACUGGAUAGUGUUUUGCGAGUUUUCUUGUCCAUAAUUACCAAAAGCUCUGAAGAAUCUGACAACAAUGAUGUAACAAUUUCGGAUUUUCAUUCACCUGGAGUCAGCUUCAGUACCCCUUGCAAGCAACUGAACAAUGAACUGCAUAGUGAUUCUGAAAUGCUGAAAUCUACAACGAAGACGUCUUCUGCUGGAUCCCGUGGAAGCUCAGAUUCCGUUUCUCCUAUGUCAAGGGACAGUUGGAGCAACAAAUACUUCAAGGGGAGUGCAGAGGCUCCGCGAAGUUUAAGAAUGACAAUGAAACUUCGUGAUUUUUACAAGAACCCGAAGGUUGAUCCUGAAUUGCUCAAAGAGAUUGAACAAUGGAAUGAGACACUGAAGACUGAUGUGAUCAAAUUUUGUCAAGAGAACAAUUUCCAUUCUGGUUUCUUUGAUGGAACUGAUACCAACAUGGUAGCUGAUGCCUAUGAAUUGAAGGUGCGACUUGAACACAUAAUUGAAAGGAUAGCCUUGAUCUCUGAUGCUGCAAAUACGGAACGACCUUCUCUUGUUUUUGACAACUUAUUCAUAGGUGGGGCUCUGGCUGCAAGGUCUAAGUACACCCUUCAGCAUUUGGGCAUUACCCACAUACUAUGUUUGUGUUCGAAUGAGAUUGGUCAAUCUGAUUCCCAAUUUCCUGAUCUUUUCGAAUACAAGAACUUUUCAAUUAGUGAUGAUGAUGAUGCAAACAUUAGUGAUCUUUUUGAGGAAGCAUCAGAUUUCAUUGAUAAUGUAGAUCGUGUCGGAGGUAAGGUUCUGGUUCAUUGCUUUGAAGGGAAGAGUCGAAGUGCCACAGUUAUCCUUGCCUACCUGAUGCUUAGAAAGGGCUUCACUCUUGCGAAAGCCUGGAACUUGCUGAAGAAAGUCCACCGUCGAGCGCAACCAAAUGAUGGUUUCGCUAAAGCUCUCCUGGCCCUUGACAGGAAGCUGCACGGCAAGGUGUCUAUGGACUGGCAGCACAAGCGGCCCGAGAUGAAGGUGUGCCCGAUCUGCAGCAAGAACGUCGGGCUGAGCACGAGCUCGCUCAAGCUGCACCUGCAGAAGGCUCACAAGCGACUCUCUGCAGGCAGUGUCGACAGCGCCAUGACCAUGGAGAUCCAGAAGUCGAUCGAGUCGCUCCGGAUCAGCCGUGGCGGGAGCCUGAGCCCGUCUCAGAAGCGGACCAAGGUCGCUGACGAGCUAAGCUUCUGAUCUGCGUUCUUGUACCAUCUUGAUCCCACACUGCUGUAACUUGUAAUAUCAUCAAGCAGACUAAACUUUAGGGUGUUUAGAGCGAGUGUAGAUCUAGUUAGAGGCAGGGCACACGCCAUAAGAUUAGCACACGUAUGUUCAGGAAUGAUUGUGAAGGACGCAAAUACCACUCCUGUAUGUGCAUUCUGAAAUAUACAGAGGCCGGAAAUAACCAAAACGAACCUAGAUUUUGGACA